CCCCGCUCCUUCUCUAUAUCCUCAACAAACGAUACCGCAACAUGAGUCAAUACGGCAACGAGAACCCCUACUACAGCAACACUCAGGGUGGUAGUGGCGGCGGCGGCGGCGGAUAUUUGACUGGUAAUUCACCAUUUGGGGGUAGCCCUGGUGGUGCUGCACGGCGAGGUGCCUUGUCCCAAUCGCUGCGUCCUAUGACUAUCAAACAAAUCGGCGCCUCGACUCAAGCCCAUGCCGACGCAGACUGGAUUUGGGAGAACACUGAAAUCGGACAGAUCACCGUCGUUGCCCAAGUCCUGACAAUCAAAGCCCAGACCACUAAUUGCGUUUACACCAUCGACGACGGCACCGACCAGAUAGACGCUCGUUUCUGGUCGGACUCGACAAAUGAGAAUGAGGGCGAUGACUCCUCAACUAUCAAAGAGUUGCAAUACGCUCGCAUUACUGGCACCAUCAAGACAUACAAUGACAAGAAGUAUAUCAACUGUAUCAAUAUCCGGCCUGCUAAGGACUCGCAUGAGAUAUACUUCCACCUUUCCGAAGCCAUGGCUGUCACAUUGUUUCAUGAGAGGGGCUCGGUGCGUUUCCCCCCUAAAUCACAACCUGCUGUUGCUCAUGUAUGCAUUCUACAGCCAUCUGGAGCACAAGCACCUAGUGGGGCAGGGCAGUCUACAAACUCAAAUUCGGCUUACACCGCACAGACAAGCAUCCCAGCGGACGACCAGUAUGCGCACCUUCCGCCGUGUGAGAAGGCUAUCGCCUACUUCAUGCACACGCAACCAAGGCAUGAGGAAGGCAUCCAUGUCUCCAACAUCGCGAGAAACGUGCCGUUUCAAGCGCCGGAUAUCGGCUCCGCUCUUGAGGCCUUGAUGGACCACGGCAUACUCUACAGCACCAUCGACGAAACACAUUACGCGCUCUCGGCAUAAUUAUGUUAUUCUUUCCAUUUGCACCAGUUAUGCGUCCCCUUACUGUCGAGUUGUGGCUGGUUUUUGGCUGUCUGUUUGAUAUCUCAACUCUUGAGUUACUCUUCGCGCUCGAUCGGCGGGGUACCAGUGGCGUAGAGGAAAAUGAGUGCUGCGCCACACUGGUAUUCCGACCAUGAAUCAAUGUAUCUAUAAAAUGCUGUCUGCCCCGUUUCCUUUCGUUUUCCCACUCUUUUCCCGGAGAUAAAAAAAAUCUUCGACAUCACCACCAA